AUGGGGCACGGUAGCCCUGUGGAUGAUGCAAGCACAUCUUCUGGCACCUCUCCUGACGCAUUUCUAGAUAAAACGAUGAAGAUUUUAGAGGAUCUUGUACUUGAUUGGGAAGCCAAGAAAAGUGUAGAGUCAAACUCUCGUGGAAAAAGGUGUUCCAAUACAAAUGUGGAUGCAAACAAACCUAAGUACCACCAUCAACCAUUUUGGAGAAGAAGAAUAAAGUGGACUCCGUAUUCAUCACCUAGGAGAAUAUCAGUGCAUUCCACUACCGAUGACCUGUAUUCCGUCAUGUGUAGAAUCCAUUUUUCUGAAGAUGUCGAUGUUGAGAUUCUCCGUAUGUGUUUGUUGGACAAGCGAGACAUACCGGUGGCAUGUAGCGUGCAAGCUGCACGUCCUCCAACUCCAGAUGGAGAAGUUGACGAAUUAUCGGAAUACUUUGCUCAUUUUGUGCGCGUAGAUCUUAAAAUGUCCUCGUUAGCGGAGUCCAUGUAUGUCUAA